AUGAGCAGUUAUGGUGAUUUGGUGGAAAGCUUAAUCAUCCUUGGCAAGGAGAAUGCCAAAGUCACAGUGGUCUUCGCAAAUUUUUUCACACUGCUGCAAGGUUUUUUUCUGAAGCGCAAGCCUUUCAGGGAGCUGCUCAUCAGCACAAUUGCCAACAAUGAGGGGAAGCAGCUCACUUUAUGCUUUUAUGCUGAUGAAGUGCAGCCUGGGAAUAGCCUUGCUGUGGAACAGAAUCGUAAACUGUGGUGCGUUUAUCUCAGCUUUGUCGAAUUUGGCCCAAUCCUGUUAUCCAGAGAGCAGUCCUGGUUGCCUGUCUGCUGCCAGAGAUCUAAUCUGGCCAAUGCUUUGCCUGGUGGGGUUAGCCAACUGGCUGGGAUUAUCUUGGAAUCUAUUUUCAACAGCCACAAAGCUGAUCCUGAAGCCUUGGGUGUGCAGCUGCAAGAUCCAUCCAAGAAGCUCCACAGGCUUAGAUUUCGUCUGGGUGCCUUCCUUGCUGAUGGAAGUGCACACAAGUAUCUCUUCUCGGUUAAAGGUGAUUCAGGCACCCGGCGCUGCAUCCUUUGUCAAAAUGUUGUGGCUCAUGGACAAGAAGCCGACUUGGCAAGGCUAACAUCCUUAGUUUGCAAGGAGCAAGACCUCAUCCUGACCAGUGAUGAAGACUUUGACAAAAGCAGGGUGAGAAUGCUCCAAAAGCAUGAAGAGCUGAACAAAACUGACUUCGGCCUUUGGCAACAGGCCAGUGGCAUCACCUAUAACCCUGAUGCAAUGAUUUUCAGCCCAUCAUUGGCAAGGUUGGUGAAGCCUAUUAGCCAAUGGCUACAUGACUGGAUGCAUUGCUUCUUUCAAAAGGGCAUAUGGCUGCUUGGCUUGUGA